AUGUCGAAUUUGUCAAAACUUGAAUUUGUGGCACUUGACAUUUCUAGAAAUAACUAUUUGUCAUGGGUACUUGAUGCUGAAAUUCACCUUAACACUAAGAGUCUUGGUGAUAGUAUAAUCGAAGGGAAUAAAGCAUCAAGUCGGGAUAAAGCGAAGACUAUGAUUUUCCUUCGUCAUCAUCGUGAUGAAAGCCUGAAGGUUGAAUACUUGAUGGUAAAAGAUCCACUUGAAUUGUGGAUAGUCUCAUGCCUUUUGGUGGCUGAGCAACAUCAUGGCAUUUUAAUGAGAAAUCAUGAAGCCCGUCCUACUGGAAGUGCUCCAUUACCGGAAGCACAUAGGGUAGAAAUGCACGGCUGCAUCAAAAUUCCUUCAAAAGAAAAGGAAAUAAAGGUGGUGCCUCCUCUUCUAAUGGCCCAGGUGGAGUCACAUUUUACUCUAAAAAAUGCUGCUCAAGCAGGAUUUUCUCAAAAAUAUGAUGAGAAUGUUGAGGCAAAUUUAGCACUGAAAGAUGAUGCUUUUGAUGGGCUCGAUGAUAUUACUCAUCUAGAAGCUGAUGACUUCUUUGGGGAUCGACGAUUCCAUGGAGUGAAUCCUGAAUCAUGGGUCUUCCAAGCAGAGCGCUACUUUGAAUUUUAUGGAAUCACGGAGGAUCAUAAGUUAACACUAGCAUCGUUCUACUUGGAUGGUGAUGCAUUGGAAUGGUACAGAUGGCUGUUUCGCAAUAAACAGUUAGUUAAUUGGGAGCAUUUCGCUGAGAAAUUGCUGGUCCAAUUUCAGAAACGAGAUCUAGAGGCACCAGAGGGUCGACUUGCUAAACUUCGGCAGACCACUACGGUGGCUGAAUACCAAAGUCGUUUUGAAGCGGUUUCUAAUGAGACGAUGCAUUUUCCAGAUCAGGUAUUAGCACAUUUUUUUACUUCUGGACUGAGACCUGAUAUUAAAAUGGUUGUUUUAAUUCGUGAACCCACAAAAUUAAAUGAAGCUAUACGUUUAUCCCAUUUAUACGAGCAAAAGAUCCAACUUGAACGAGGCUCCUUUAAGCCUGCUUUCAGUAAAGCUCCACCACUUCUGCCAACUCCCACUCAUCCUUAUACAGUCUCAAAGCCCUCCAUAUCGAAUCAACUAGCUUCAGUUUCCCAAACUGCAUCAAAUCGUCCGCCCAUGAGACGACUUUCCCCCGCAGAGUUACAAAGUCGACGAGAACGUGGUCUUUGUUAUUCUUGUGAUGAAAAAUACUCUCCUGGUCACAAAUGUAAGUCACUUCCCCAACUUCUACUGUUAUCUGAAGAGUCUGAGGCUGAAGCUGCCUUACCAGAUCAAUUUGUGUCGGAUGAUGUCUUAGCGGAGGAAUUACAAUGUUUGGAGGUUCAAGAACAGUCAGCUAUUUCAUAUCAUGCUUUAUCUGGAAGAAAUUCUUCCACUACUCUCCAAUUUACUGGUCAUGCUAAUGGUUCACCAGUACAAGUGCUUGUGGAUAAUGCUAGUACACAUAAUUUUAUUCAGGCGAGGAUGGCAAACUUUCUUCAGUUGGAAACUGAACCAACGCCAAGCUUUUCGGUGGUGGUAGGAAGUGGACAGCGAUUACGAUGUGAGGGAGUGGCUAAAAAAAUUCCAUUAACCAUACAGGGAAACAAAAUAGUGGAAGAUCUAUACAUUUUAUCCCUUCAUGGUGCUGAUACAGUACUCGGGGUUUCAUGGCUUGCAACUUUGGGUCCUGUCCUUACUGAUUAUGCAAAGAGAAUAUUUGAAUUUACUCUGAAUGGUUCUAAGAUCUCAUGGAAAGGAGAUGCAUCUAUUGAUAUGCAAUCAGUGCAAUUACAUAGUCUGAAAAGAAUGGCUGCUACAGAUGCAAUUUCCUCCUAUUUUCAUCUACAAUUGGUAUCUGAUUCGGAACCUUCAUGUACUCUCCCCUCUGAAUUAGCAAUGGUGCUCAAUACAUAUGAAGAUGUCUUUCAAAAACCUCUAGGUUUGCCUCCUUCACGAAGUCAAGACCAAGCAAUCUAUCUAGUUCCAGGUGCAGGACCGGUUAAUGUGAAACCAUAUCGAUAUCCUUAUUUUCAAAAGCAAGUUAUGGAGCAAUUUCCAAUUCCUACAAUUGAUGAACUUUUUGAUGAAUUGAAUGGUGCUCGCUAUUUUUCCAAGUUGGAUUUAUUGUCUGGAUAUCAUCAAAUUAGGGUUCGUUCGGAGGAUGUCCCUAAGACGGCAUGUCGCACUCAUGAUGGACAUUAUGAAUUUCUCGUCAUGCCAUUUGGCCUUACAAAUGCACCAUCUACAUUUCAAGUAACUAUGAAUGAGAUAUUCAGACCUUACUUGCGUCGAUAUGUCCUGGUAUUCUUUGAUGACAUUUUGAUAUAUAGUCCUACUUGGACUGAUCACUUGGAACAUUUGGUCUCGGUUCUUCAAUUAUUGCGUCAAUAUCAAUUGGUGGCCAAGCGGUCCAAAUGCUUAUUUGGACAGGAAUCAGUGGACUAUUUAGGACAUAUUAUUUCAUCUCAAGGAUUAUCUGUCGACCCAGGAAAAGUGGAAUCCAUCGAGCAAUGGGCACCACCUCAUACAGUGAAAGAAGUGCAGAGUUUUCUCGGCCUUGCAGGCUACUACCGACGAUUUAUCCACCAUUAUGCUUCCAUAGCAAGUUCAAUUACUGAUUUGCUAAAGAAGGAAGUUUUUCGAUGGACACUAGAAGCUCAAAUUGCAUUUGAAACUUUGAAGACUAAAUUGGGUUCCACUCCAGUAUUAGCAUUACCAGAUAUCAAUCAAGAAUUUCAAGUAGAGACUGACGCUUCUGGGAAAGGAAUUGGUGCCAUUCUAUCUCAAAAAGGGCACCCCAUCGCUUUUUUUAGUCAGAAAUUAAAUGCAAGGAUGCAACGGGCUUCAACAUAUCAUCGUGAGAUGUUUGCCAUUACUCAAGCUGUGAGUAAAUGGAGGCAAUAUCUUCUUGGUAGAAGGUUUACAAUACUAACAUAUCAGCAGUUUUUGAAGAACCUCACUAAUCAAACCAUCCAAACUCCUGAGCAACAAAAAUGGCUCACUAAACUAGUGGGUUAUGAUUUUCAUAUCAUAUACAGGCCUGGCAAACAAAAUUCAGCCGUUGAUGCCCUCUCUCGUAAUUCAGAUGCUUUUCUUAUGGCCAUUAAUGCCAGGACCUUUAAUCUAGAACAAGAAUUGAAACCCUUGAAUCAAUCACAUCCAGAACUAUUGGCUAUUCAGCAAGCUUUACAAAAAGAUCCGGAGACUCAUAUGGAUUUCCAAUUUAAGGAUGGGUUGUUAUUUUUUAAAGGCAGGCUUGUGAUUCCAUCAAAUGCACCACUACGACACAAACUAAUAUUUGAAUUCCAUGCCACGAAUAUCGGAGGACAUGCUGGUGUGGCAAGAACAUACCAUCAAUUGGCUUCAAAUUUUUAUUGGCGACAAAUGCGCAAGGAUGUGAAAUCAUUUGUUACAACUUGUCAGAUAUGUCAACAGAUGAAAGACACAAAGUUGCAUCCAGCAAGUUUAUUGCAACCUCUCCUUAUACCAAAUCAAGUCUUUGAAGAUAUCGCAAUGGAUUUUAUCACUUGCCUUCCAGGUUUCAAAGGGAAAACUACUAUCCUUACCGUGGUGGAUCGACUGACCAAAUAUGGUCAUUUUAUUCCCUUACCUUCCACAUUCUCUACUCAACUGGUAGCUGAAGCAUUCGUAGUAGGUGUAAUUCGCCUUCACGGCCCUCCUCGCACUAUUGUCACUGAUCGUGACCCACGAUUCCUCAAUUCUUUUUGGCAAGAAAUAAAUCAUUUGCAGGGUUCAACAUUGGCUAUGAGUACUGCAUAUCAUCCCCAAACUGAUGGACAGUCCGAAGCUCUAAAUAAAUGUCUUGAACAAUAUCUUCGUUGUUAUGUUACUGAUGCUCCAACAAAGUGGGUAACCAUGCUGCCUUGGGCUGAAUUCUGGUACAAUACUUCGUACCAAACAUCAGCUGGAAUGACACCGUUUAAAGCAUUGUAUGGACGAGAACCCCCAACUAUCGCUCGAUAUAUAUUGGGGAACACUGCUAGUGAAUUGGUGGAGGCCUACUUCAUUCAGCGUGAUGCAGUUCUAGCGUUGUUGAAAAAUAAUUUGCUCAAAGCUCAAACAAAGAUGAAGACGUUUGCAGAUAAACAUUGUACUGAUUUAGUGUUUACAGUGGGGACAUAA